UUCUCAUCUGAUCCGAAUUCAAAACUCCUAAAGCACUCUUGCAGAUUGAGUCUCAGAAAAACCCAUUCUCGUCUUCUCGGCAACAUAUUGACCGGAAAUUUGACUAUUCUGUGGGGGGAAACACAAUCCGGACGCAAAGUAGUUACCUAUCUUGCUCAGGUCAGCACUUGCAUUCCGCACUUGGUCGAGCUCGCCGUCGGACACCGUUCACCGUCGUCAGCCUUGCGUUGCCGUCUCUGGCAAGUACUGGAGAAGUUUUAAACCCUACGAGUUUGUCUACUUGCAAAAUCCGUGGCUAGGAGGAGUGGCCUGAAUCAACUGACUCACGAAGAUAAAUACUCCAAAAUGUCUAAAUCACAAAGUGAUCCGCUUCUGCAACUUGAAACAACAUGUGGAUCACUUCUGUAUGAACUUCAGAUAAUAUGGGAUGAAGUUGGGGAGCCUGACACUGAAAGAGAUAAGAUGUUGCUUGAGCUUGAACGAGAGUGCCUAGAGGUUUACAGAAGAAAGGUGGAUCAGGCAAAUAGGAGUAGAGCUCAGUUGAGGCAAGCAAUUGCUGAUUAUGAAGCAGAACUUGCAGCCAUAUGUUCAGCAAUGGCAGAACGGCCUGUGCAUAUUAGGCAGUCUGAUCAAAAGGCUGGAAGUUUAAAACAAGAGCUUGCAAGAAUUCUUCCAGAACUUGAGGAGAUGCGGAAAAGGAAGUCUGACAGAAGAGAUCAAUUUAAAGACGUCCAAGAGCAGAUAUUAAAUAUCUCAAAUGAGAUCUAUGGGUCCAAAGAAUAUAUUUCUGCUAAAAGGGCUGUAGAUGAAUCUGACUUGUCCUCAAGGAAGCUUGAAGAAUUGCAUGCAGAGCUGCAGACACUCCAAAAAGAGAAGAUCGAACGUCUCAAGAAAGUCCAGGACCACCUGUGUACUUUAAAAUCUCUUUGUUCAGUGCUUGGUAUGGACUUUAAGCAGAUAGUCAGUAAUAUUCACCCUAGUUUAGGAGAAAAUGAAGGGCCUAAGAGCGUAACGAAUGAUACAAUUCAGCAGUUGGCAGCUGCUAUACAUAAUCUGCGGGAAGUUAAAUUGCAGAGAAUGCAGAAGCUCCAAGAUCUUGCAACAACAAUGUUGGAGCUCUGGGACUUGAUGGAUACACCAGUCGAAGAGCAACAGAUGUUUCAGAAUGUUACUUGUAAUGUAGCUGCUUCAGAAUAUGAAAUAACUGAGCCUAACACCUUGUCUGUGGAUUUCAUUAAUUAUGUUGAGGCAGAAGUAUGUAGGUUAAAUGAAUUAAAAGCAAGCAAAAUGAAAGAGCUUGUAUUGAAGAAGAGAACAGAGCUAGAGGAGAUUUGUAGAAAGGUGCAUCUGGUCCCUGUAAUAGAUAAUGCAGUGGAAUUUGCUGUUGAAGCUAUAGAGUCAGGAUCCGUGGACCCAGCUUAUGUGCUUGAACAAAUUGAGCUUCAGAUUGCCAAGGUCAAAGAAGAAGCUUUUAGUAGAAAAGAAAUACUUGAAAAGGUUGAGAAGUGGUUGGCAGCUUGUGAUGAAGAGUCUUGGCUUGAGGAGUAUAACAGGGAUGAUAAUAGGUAUAAUGCUGGGAGAGGUGCUCAUCUUACUCUCAAGCGAGCUGAGAAAGCUCGUGCCUUGGUUAAUAAACUUCCAGCAAUGGUAGAUGCUUUGGCUUUAAAAACUGUUGCAUGGGAAAAAGAGAAAGGCAUGGAAUUUACAUACGAUGGUAUCCGUCUGCUUUCUAUGCUGGAAGAAUAUACCAUAUUACGGGAAGAGAAAGAGCAAGAACGUCGUAGGCAGAGGGAUCUGAAGAAGCUUCAGGGACAAUUAAUAGCAGAACAGGAGGCACUUUAUGGGUCAAAACCAAGCCCUUCGAAGGCUCAGGGCGCCAAAAAGGCCCCUAGGAUGUCAACAGGAGGUGCGGCUAGUAGAAGAGUCUCCCUUGGAGGGGCAAUGGUUCAAACUCCAAAAGCAACUCAGUCAAGACCCAUGAGGAAGACUGACAUUGCCCACCAUAUUGACAAUCACCUGGAUGAUUCUGUUUCAUCUUUAUCAUCAGUUAGAAGGGGAUUGGAUAUUACCGGUGGUUCUGUGAAAAAGCAGUCAUUUGGCGGUGGUGCUACUGGUGCCGGUGCUGUCCGUGAAAUCCAAUCGCCGUUGAUGCGACAACCUUUCUCUCCCAUUGCUUCAAACUUAUCAUCUAAAGCUAACAUGAAGAACCCCACAGAUGAACUCAACACACACAGUGAGAAGUUGCAGAAAACUAUUGCACCAAACACUGUGCCAUUCUCUACACCUUCCAAGGUAGCUCCGAUUAUGGCCGAAGACGAGAACAGAACUCCGAAGACAGUAAUGCCUAUUCCUUACCCAUCCACACCUUCCACCGUGUCGGCUCCCAUGAACAUGGCUGUCACGCCAGCUCCUCCUCCUCCUGCCCCGGUUCCUCUUGCAGGUGACUUUGCUUCAGAGGUUGAAUAUUCUUUUGAGGAAAGAAGGCUCGCUUUCAUUCUUUCAUCUUGAUUGAUCAUUUUAUUUGUUGAGGUUUGGUUAUCUCUUGUUAUUACAAUUAGACAUGAUUACCGGACGUUGUCGGAAACUAAAUCCUCUUACGUUCUUGUUGUUCCCUGCUGGUGGUGAUGGAUGAUGAUAAUCUCAAGUCAAUGGGUGUAAUUGGCUUUAGAUUGUUGUGUGUUGUGUACAUAGUCCACGACAAGUGGACGUGGGCUAGGAUGUCAAAACUCAUUACUAAAAUACUAAUGUGAGAUUCUGGAUUCCAACA